ACUGUCAUGGCUGCUUCAAUGCAAUUAUUUAUACAUGUUACCAAAAAAUUGUAGUACGUAGUUAAUUGUUUCUAUGACUUCUAAGUGGAAAAAGGUAUUGUACGAGAAACAAGAUGUUCCGGAUAACUACGUAGACGAAUCUUUCUUAUCUGAUCUCCGAAAAAAUGUAAAUUUAUAUAAGUAUACGUGGGGGGAAGCAUUUACCGGUGUUUGUGCAGUUACACAUGAAGUGAGCUCUACAGUACUGUUUGUUGUGGCUUUCAUCUUUUUGAAAGAUGAAUCAUGUUCGAUUGCAGUGAUACUUGUCAGCGUAGCCAUGUUGAUAAUCAUUAGCUUUAUAAUUCAUCAGAUCACAUGUGAAUUAGAUAAUAGAUGGAAAUUUAAAAACAUUCCCUUCUCUGAAUACCUUAAAAGUUGUGUUAUUUUUUUUACUUUUGGCUACAUGUUUUCGCCCAUUCUUAAAGCUUUAACAGAAACAAUAAGUACAGAUACUAUUUACGCUAUGGUUACACUUAUGAUGUUGACUCAUGUAUUGUUUCAAGAUUAUGGUGCUGAAGCUGCUAUAGUAUCCCAAAGUUUAUCACUUAAUUCGGCAUUAUUCGCUGCAGUGUGUCUGUCAUCAAGAUUGCCUACUGUUAUGCGUACAUUUGCUCUUGUGAUAUUAGCUGUUAUGGUUUUUGUGGUUCUACCUUUGUUGAGACACAGAUUUCAGAAAAAUAUUUCUGGCUUUCUUAUAAUAACUGGAAUUUUCAUAAUUACUGUUUUGAUUGCCUUAUUUUACAUUUCAACCACAUAUGCUGUACUAUUUGUGCUUUUGUGUUUCUCGGUUAAUGUAAUAUUUCCAACAUUGUUUGUUCAUUGCCAGAAAUAUAAAGAAAAUAUAUUUGGCCCGUGGGACGAAGCUGUCGUGAAACAACAUCAGAGUAUAUCUCAUGAAUAUAAGUCAUGAAUAGAAAAAGCAUCAUAGUAGUUUUGUGACUUUGAUCGUAUUAAAAUUAUACUUUUAUUAUUUAUUCAAAGAUUUUCCAGUAUGGUUAAUACAGGAUUUUGUAAAAAAAUUGUAUUUCUGGACCUCUCCUGUUUGUUCAUUUGUUUCCAUUGCCAAAUGCUUCAUUUGAUCAGGACAAGAGGUACUGCAGAAGAUUGCUUGUCUGAGCAUUAUUGGAAGGCUUGUGCUUGAUGUUUCAUGACAGCAUACACUACCCUUGUUUACCUCUUUUGAGACAAUGUUAUGACUACUCAUGAGCAUUAAUCCUGAAUGUAUUAGUGUUUCAUUAAAUGAACUAUAUUCUACUUCCUUGAAGAAAAGGAAGGUCCAUAAACUGGUUGAUCCCAUAUGGGUGGAUUAUUGGCACGAUCAACAACAUCAAUGAUUACUUCUACUGUGGCCCUGUGUUGAGGCAUGCCUUUAUCUAGGGCUAUGGCACGAAGGUAUGCUUUUUUUUAAUGUGUCUGAUACAAUCAGCCGCCUCCAACUAUACAUGCAAGCUCAUCGCCAUCAAAAGUGCUCCUGGAGAUUUAUCUCUCUAAAGAAGACCAGAGUUCCAAGGGCAUCAUCAUCUUCUCUGACUGCAGAUCAGCAUUGCAAGCGAUCCAGAAGAGCAAAUGUCAACUCAGUCAUCAUAUCAUUGAGCUCACAAACAAAAUCAUUGCUGCCCAAAGAUCCUGCAUCUUACAAUCCAUACCGGCUCAUGUAAAUAUUUGUGAUAAUGAGAAGACCGAUGAGCUUGCAAAGGCAUCCCCUGAUUCUUCUUAGCCAUCCAACUACCUAACCCUCGUUGAUGCCAAUGCAGUUGCCAGCCAAAGACUAAUCGGUCAAGUUAAAGGAAACUCCAUCACGGGAUGAGGAUUUCUACAGACGGACAAUGUAGUUACACCAACAUUUGUCCUCAUUGCCCAGAUAACAUCCCACUGUCUCGCCAUCACAUCUUCAGCUGCCCAGCAAUCCAGGCCAGACUGUUUAACAUCGGCAUUGAAGACCCAGUGGACCUGCUUUAUACUGAUAGAGCUGCCGAGAUUGCAAAAGCUGUCUUUGACAGCUUCGAAGCUAUAUAAUUGCACUUUGUCAUAGACAUGACAUCAUCAUCAUGACAAUCAGUGGUAUUAAAACAUUAGCAAUUUGUAAUUAAUCAACUCUUUUUUUAGCAGUUCAUAAUUAAAGCAUUGAGGAGGUGAGAUUGAUCAUCUCAUUUCUUUAAAUCGGAAAAGAUCCUUUAUUAUUGGAAUGAAUAUCAAAUAACAAUUGAAUUUUACAAAUAACUAAUUCACAAUUAAUAAUUUCUUUAAAAAAAAUCUGAUGUGUACACUACAUGACUUCCUUGUACGGAAUAUUAAAUUACACACAUUUUUUUCUUGCAUUUCAUUUAAACUUAUUGGAUUGAAUUAAAUCUACU